UGUUUUUGAAAGUCUAGCGCUGAUUGGCUGACUGUGUGAGGAAGCGUCGGUUUAAACCGGGGGGCGGGAGCGUGUUCCGUUUGAAAUCGACAGACAGCAGCUGUGUUCUGACCGACGCUACCGACACCCGGAACCGGACAUUAGCUCUCAUGGCCUCACAGAACAUGGAUCCCGCAGCGGCUGCAGCUUCCACCACGGCCGCUCUGAAAGGCAGCGAGAGCGGCGGCAGCGCGGCCAGAGGCUCGGUGACCAAACGGCUGCAGCAGGAGCUGAUGACGCUUAUGAUGUCGGGUGAUAAGGGGAUCUCAGCAUUCCCAGAAUCGGAUAAUCUCUUCAAAUGGGUCGGAACCAUCGAUGGAGCUCAGGGGACGGUGUAUGAGGGCCUCAGGUACCGCCUCUCUCUGGAGUUUCCUGCCGGUUACCCAUACCAGGCUCCUCGUGUGAAGUUUGUCACGCCGUGUUUCCAUCCCAAUGUGGACGAUCAGGGCUUCAUCUGCCUCGACAUCUUGAAGGACAAAUGGUCGGCGCUGUACGAUGUCCGCUCCAUCCUGCUGUCCAUCCAGAGCUUGCUGGGAGAGCCCAACAACGAGAGUCCUCUGAACACGGUGGCGGCAGAGCUGUGGGAGGACCAGGAAGCCUUCAAAACUCAUCUACACUCGACCUUCCAGAAGUGAAGCUGCUCUUUGUCUUAUUCUGUCUUCUGUGUUUGUACCAUAUUUUUAUGUUUAUCUCGCCGUAUCAAUAAAGUUCUUAAUUCAA